AUGACAAACGAUCAAGUAUAUUACAGCAAAGGUUUUAAGAAAUCUGUGUCUGAUACACACGCAUGGAGAACUGUGGACAACUCCACCAAAUUCAUCACCACAGUACUUAAGCCCGAUUUCAAGGUAUUGGAUGUCGGCUGUGGUCCCGGCCUGAUUACAGUUGAUUUAGCAAAAAAUUACCUUAACGAAAAUGGUUCGGUAGUGGGGGUUGAGCCAACACAAGAGUUGAUUGAUACUGCAAAUGAAUACAAAAACACUGUGGCACCCUCUUUGAAUAAUGUGAAGUUUCAAGCAGGAUCAAUUUAUGAAUUACCAUUCGAUGACAAUAGUUUUGAUUUGGUAUUUGCUCACCAAGUAAUUAUUCAUUUACAAGAUCCAGUUAAAGGUUUGCAAGAGUUAGCAAGAGUCGCCAAACCAGAUGGGUAUGUUGCUGUAAAAGAUGCCGAUUUGGAAUCGAUUAUUGCAUCUCCGGAAAAGUACCAACUACUUCGAGAUUACUUUGUUGAAAAAGCCAAAAAUGCGAUCUCCACUGAUACCAAAGCAGGUAGAACAUUGAGAGAGAAAGCCAUUAAAGCCGGUUACAAGUCGGAUCAGAUCACAACUUCGAAAUCUUAUUGGUUGUUAGCUGAUGAUAUCAAUUCUAAAAAACAAUGGGUUGAGUUGACAAACAAUAGAAUCAAAAACGGAGGAGAAGUCAUCUAUCCCAAUGAUGAAAGGAAAAAUGAAGAGAUUAGUAAUCAAAUCAUUUCAACAUGGGAAGAAUGGCUCAAGGAUGAAGCUUCUUUAUUCAAUAUCUCCCACUUUGAGAUUGUGUAUAAGAAACCUAUAGACUCUAAAUAG